UCGUAGGCCAAAGCGUCCACUUCACUCAUCUUCACUCCACUCGUCUACCGGACUGGCCCUCACCUCGCUUGCUCGCCUCAUCAGGCAUCGUACAAGGAGACGACUUGACCGACGUGUAUUUUGAACAUCGUCAACUCCCGGCAUGAGAAAGUCUGACCAGGCCAUUGGCCAUCGGGCCGAGAGAUGAAUACCGACAUUGAUAGCGGGAGCCUCGUUUCAGACAUCUGCCGCCCUACAAAUUACAAUCCAGCAUGGGUACCGCUGCGUCGCAUCUCUGGCGUAAUUACUCGUAUGCUGUGCUGUUAUUUCGAGGCCAGCACGACUCGGACAAAACGCUGUAUAUGAUGCCUAUGCAUCCCCAUCCCGCACCGUCGUCUCCCACCCACUCCUUCUCGCAACAGGAUUGUUCGUUCCCCUCUACGCCAUGCUGUCCACUCUGUUUCUCAUCAUCGCGUUGGCGACGCAUGGAUUCGCCCACAGGUGGAUGCAUCGUCGCGCCGCGGGUGACGAGAUAACCCCCAAAAACAUCUAUUAUUCGAUUUUCGAUCAGCUCAUCGACCACAACGAUCCGUCGCGCGGUACCUUUCAGCAAAGGUACUGGUUCCAAUUCAAGACGUGGAAGGGUCCUGGCUCGCCAAUCGUUCUUUACGCUCCAAGCGAGAACAAUGCGACGAGAGACGUAGGCUUCAUGCUGCCCCAAUAUGGCACGCAUGGCGUCUUGGCCAAAGAACUCGGUGCAGCUUGUGUGGUCUUAGAGCAUCGAUUCUAUGGCAAUAGCAGCCCAGUGGCAGACUUGAGCGUCGAGAAUCUCAAAGAUCUCACCCUCGACAACGUCUUGCAAGACAUCACGUACUUCGCCAACAACGUCAAGCUCCCCUGGACCAACAGCAGCAGCACGGCCCGAGACGUCCCUUGGGUGCUGAUGGGAGCCUCUUAUCCUGGGUCUCUCACGUCCUGGACCGCCAACCUUAAUCCUGGCGUUUUUUGGGCCUACUGGGCUUCCAGUGCCGCCAUGCAAGCGAUUGAAGAUUUCUGGCAAUACUUCGUUCCCGCCCAACAGGGCCUCCCUAGAAACUGCAGCACCGACUUCUCCCAAGUCAUAGAUUACAUGGACGACGUGGUGCUCCAUGGCACUCCCCAGGCCGUCACGCAGCUGAAAUCUCGCUUCGGUCUGGAAGACGUUUCCCGCAAUGACGACUUCAUGUACAUUUUCGGAAGCGUCGUGGCCGCCCUCUGGCAAGGCCACCAAUUCAUCGCUCCGGAUCACUCCACAUUCCCCGAAGUCUUCCAGUGGUGUGACUACAUCGAAAACGCCGUCAACAGCAGCCAUCCCCUGCCAGGAGCGCAGGGCGUUGGCGUAACUGCGGCCCUCGACGGGUUUGUCGCGUGGUGGAAAGCCCGAGGCAAGGCCUAUGUUCGCCAACACAGCAGCUGCCCGGAGGACAUGUCCGACCAGAUGUGCUUCGACAACCAUAAUGCUUCCUCGCCGGCCUACACCGAUAUCUCGGUGGGUAAUCCUUAUAAUCGGCAGUACUUCUGGUUAGACUGCAAUACGCCGUGGGGUUACUGGCAGACUGGCGCGCCACAGGGAAGGCCGAGUCUCGCUUCCCGGCUGCACACUGUUGCUUAUGAGCGGGAGCAGUGCGGGAUGUUGUUUCCCGGCGUGGAGUAUGGUCAGGGGAGAAACGCGGAGGACUGGAACGCUUACACGGGGGGUUGGAAGGAGCCACCGCCGAAUUCCCGCAUCAUGUAUGUAAACGGGGAGUUUGAUCCGUGGCGGGAGGCGGGCGUUUCGUCGGACUUUCGUCCUGGUGGGCCGCUGCAGAGCAAUGAGCAGGCAAAGUGGGUCGUCAAGGUCGUGCCCGGAGGAUUGCAUACGAGUGAUAUGAUUCAAGAUAAUGUCAGGGCGAACGCAGGGGUGAAACAGGUGGUGGAUGAAGCGGUGAAGCAGAUGAAGGAUUGGGUUGGCGAAUGGUAUGAGGAGAAGGGGAAGAGGCCGCCGUGGGAGGUGUGA